AUGGAGGACAUUCAACACAACCAUCGCCGCCGAGUCAAACACAUACAUAAACACCUUGUGGUUAAUCAAAUACCCAUCACUGCCCUGGGUAUACUCCACAAGCCGGAAGACCGAGCACACAAGGAUCAGCACGCUAGCAAUAUACAGGCAGGAAUACUUUCCCAGUCUCGGCUGCUCUGCCAGCGCCCCUUUAAAGCGGUCUUGUUCUUGCUACUUCUGCUCCCCUUUACAUUCUCCAGCAAAAUCGCAGUUGGCUUGCAAUUUCGGUUGGAUUCCUGCGAGCCCGGUAGUGGAAUAUAG